AUGACGUUAAUGGUAACGCUAAGAAAUAAACCUAGAACAACUAGCAGGGGCCAGAAUAGUGUCCCUGACCAAGAUUGUCAGACAGAGAGUAUUAAUGGUAUUGCAGAGGGUACUGCAGAUGAUCUUGUUUCUUCGCCUCAAGUAUUCUUCAUGGAUUCAGAAGAUAUUCAAGUCGGAUCGAACCAUGUAACGAACACUCAACUGCCCGCCUAUUAUCAGGUGGCUACACCAAAAUCUCCUCAUGAAUUGUCGUUGACGGAAGAUGAUGAGCAUGCUCUACAUCUAAAUCAUUCCGCAGUUGGCCAUCCUCAUAAUCAUAGAGAAAGUGAAGAAACUGAACGGAUGAAGUAUGUUGUUGCCAAAAAGGAGAUAAUGCAACAACUUAACCUUCAGAUCUUAAUUAAGCAUAAAGAAAUGGAUGAUUUGGAAUCCGAGUCGAAGAGGUUAGAGGCACAAAUGAAGGUAUUGAAAACAUUACAUGAUGAUAAAGAGCUGCUGGAAAAGGUUGAUCAGUUCCAAUUAAGAAAAGCUGAGAAGAAAGGAGAAGAAUUAAAUAUGAAAAGGAGAUUUCAAGAGCUUGGGUCAUUCCAAUACCCUACUACGGCUCCUGCAAACACUUCCGGGGAGUUUUAUUAUCAUACAAGGAGCAAGAGCACACAUUCGAUCUCGGGAAAUUCAUCAAAAUUAAGGCCGGCUAAUGAAAAUGUCAUUGGUAUGCGAGUAUUGGGCGGGAAAACCCUCCAUGAUGGCGAACAAAAUGGGAAUGGUACCUUUAGCAACUUCCAGAAUUCGAAUCCCUUUGCUCCACAAUACUUCAAUCAGCAUCAUCGCAGAAAUUAUAGCACCAAUUGUAUAUCCAGUAAUAGUGGUGUUGUCGGGAAAGCUGGAAAUGGAGAUGCUAUUUUUAGACGGCUUGAUGGUUUAUUGAUUAUCAUUACUUGCUGCAAAUGUGGUAAGUCAGGUUUUACUUCUGCUCAAGGUAUUGUUAAUCAUUCCAGGUUAAAGCAUUCAAAAUCAUAUUCAAGUCAGCCGCUAGCAGUGCUAAACAAUCAAUUUAUUUUACCAGAAGACCAACAGAACAAGAUUGUGGUAGACAAAUUUCGGGAGCUGGAUUUGGAUCCUAGUAAGAAUUAUCUACCGAAUCCCUUGGGGAUUUCACAAAUUGCAGCUUCAAGUACGGGAUCAUCAACCACCAUAGCUAGCUCCAACAAGAGAGAUACCUCUCCAACUCAUAUAUUGUCAUCUGUUUCACCAACUGACUUACAACCACCAGCUGAGUUCAGGUCCACUAAACAUUUAGAAAAAAUGUAUGGUAAAAAAGAUUUCCAAGAUAUUGUAGAUUAUGUUAAGGAAGCUAAAAAUGAUUUAGAUAUUAUUUUAAAAAUUGGUUCUGACAUGGAAGAAGAUAGCAGUAAUCAACAACAUCAUUCGGAAGAACAAUCUGAAAUACUUUCCCAGCAUAAUUCCCAAGAUCAGGAACAGACAUUUAAAUUUAAACGCAAAGCAUCAACUAGAAUGGAUAAAGAUAUGAAAGAAAGCAUGAAACCAGCAGAAAAAAAGGCAAGACCUGACGCUGUGGCAUUGGUUGAGCUACCAGAAGAAGAAAAAAGGUCUUCUCAUUAUAAUCUGCGCGCCAAAUCAAAGCUAAAAUCAUUCUCAAGGCGUGAAUAG